AUUGAUGGUCAUGAUAAGCUGGCUGCGUAUGGCAUAGGCAUAUAUGGCAUCCGUGAUGUCUAUUCGGGACGACUAUUGUCACUGAAGGCAAUGCCUUCUAACAGGCACAGUGAGGAUGUACACUGUGUCUUCCUUGAUGCAGCCCUCAAGUUUGGAGGUUUUCCUCUACAGAUUGCCAGUGACCGUGGUUCAGAGAUAGGUGAAAUCAUUGCCACACAAAUUGCAUUUCGAAAUUCAUACUCCACAGUAGGGCUGGAUGAAGUCUUUCCCUACAAGCUUCUCAAGAGUACCCGGAAGAUCACAAUUGAACGAUCCUGGCGCAAUGUACGGGAAAAUGUGGUUGAUCAAGUCAAAGCUGCCCUUAAUUCUGCCUAUGAGUCAGGUACUGUUCACGAUGGAGAUCUGGUUCAUCAAUCACUCCUGAACUGGUUGGUUCCAUCUGUAGUGCAACAAGCUUUGGACGACUUUAUGAGAACAUUCAAUUCCUACCCUGUUCGAUACCAAAAAGAAAAGGUUAAUCCUUCCGGGGCGUCAAGAAAUGAAAUCUAUUUCAAUCCACAGCGAUGGGGCCGCAGGGAGUGUUUGCAACCCUUUCCUGACAUUGAGCUC